CAAAAGCGGCGCGAACAACGCCAGCGUAUUAAGGAGGCAGAGGCACGCGAAGCCGAGAGGCGUAUUCAGCGAGAGAAGCGGGACCAUCAACGGACGCAAGCCCUCCUUCUCACACUAUACGAGCUGCAGCGCUCCAUGGACCCACUUAUAGCUGCACAGGUCUACAACAAUCGCUUCUGUCCCCUUACUAGUCGGCUACCGGAAGAGCUCCUUCUGUGUAUACUCGACUUCCUCCGCGACGAUGUCGUUGCGCUGCAAUGUCUCCGGAUAGUCUCCAGGACAUUCCUGCGCCUUCUCAACCGUCAAUCGGUCGUUUGGAGAGGCACGUGGUAUCGCGAUUGUCCAAUAGCCAUCAGAGGCGACGCUUUCUCUCUUCCUGAUGCUCCAAGGCUACGAUUUCGACGGCUCCUACAGAGAGACGGGCGGUGCGACAACUGCAGGCGCUGGAACGACGCCUAUGAGCAUCAACUCUUCGACGACUGCAAAUUCCAGCAGAAUGGCCGGGAACUCCCCGAUAGUAGUAUCGAGCCCCUGCACUACCGCAGGCUCUACUGCUACGCCUGCCACAGUCUCCACGAUGUCUGCCAAUUUUCCUCCACCUACCAGCAGGCACGGGGGAAUCAACCGGAACGACGGUGUCUAGGCCAGCAGGGAUCAGUGCAGUUGUGUGAGCACGUGCAGAUCGCCUGGGCCAGCAUCAAGGCCCAUAUCGACAACUGGCGACAGCAGCAGCGCGGAGGCGGAGACUGGCAAGCCUGCCUCGACAGCUUCAAUAUUGAGUGUCACGAUGCCAGCCAUGACAUGCGCUGCACAGACUCAGAGGCGCCGACCUGGCCCCGAGCCCGUCUCCGCACCGGCACCUGGGACUCGGACAUUGUGGUUCUUAAUCUGGAGUGGACACCCCACAGCCGCAUCGACGCGCUCGCUCUCACCGCAGACGGGCGAAUACCCGCCCCAGAGCUAAGGGCGCAGUUCCAGAGACUUCGACGUCUGGGGCCCGCCGAUACCCUGUACCCUCCGUGCCGUCCGGGCGCUCUACCCGAGAUGGCGUGUUUCAGCCUAUCGUCCCGUAUAGGACCCUUUAUUUACUAUAAGACUGGAGAGGACAAUAAGACAGCCCCUCCACUAGCAUCAUCCCUGCCGCUCCCUUCAGAACCGUGGCUAUGGCUCUAUCAUCACUAUGGAAGAGGAAGAAAUGGCAAGAAGCUAGACAUCAGGCCUCAUUACCUGGGAGGUGGCAGCGGCUGCAGGAAACUACCGCAAUGUCUUGUAGUCAGCUACGAGAAAGACGUUAUGGUCUGUAUGACGAUGGCCAUUACGGACCCUGCCGUCAAGAUCAUCCCCACCGACCAUUGGCUCCACGCCAUGGAUACCCACACAUACCCUCACCCGCAGGCAAGCCAUAUCAGGCCCCAGUGCAGGGACGAGACCUGCACCAACUACUACCAAAGGCGAAGGGAUUAUUACUUCUGCUCUACUUGGCCCAGUGCCGAC